UAAUAUUCCAAAUUUACUCUCCAAGCAGCGGAGAAAUCAAAAAGCACUAUCCAUUAACAAAAAAUAGAAAAUUUGGGAAUAAAAAGGGAAAAAAGGGGGAAGGGUGGAAAAUUAAUGGGGAAGACCUGAAGAUUUCACUCACGAUUUUGGGAUUUACUUAUAAUGGGGAAAUCUCUUCAAUGUGAAGCUUUAACAUUGAAUUUGGUUGAAGUUAUGAGGGUUUAUCUCGAGUUAUAGAAGGAAAGGAAAAAAGGGAUCUUAAGCUUAUCAUCGAUCACUUUAUUAUUCACUGUCAGUGUGUUAGUGUGUGAUUUGCAAAUUUUCAUAUAAAACUACUACUUAAGCCUUCUGAACGAAGGGUAGAGAAGAUUAGGGAAGUGGAAACUUCGUUUUCUUCUCUAUGCUUUCAGCUCUGUUGGGAGACUUUGAUGGCUGUUGUUCCCUCACUGGAAAGACAAAGUGAAGCUCAAAACGAUAGUCACCCUUUGUUGAUGGAGCGAUCAGGGAAUGGAAUUGGCAAUGCUGAGGAACAUGUUAUUGACAUAGGAAGGGGAGGUAUUGCUUCUGUGCCAGUGUCACAUGGAGUUGAUCACAAUGGUUCAGGUGAACUACACGAUGAGAAUAGACCUUCAACUGUCGCACAAAUUCCUGUUAUGCAGUCAUCUUCACCAUCGCCAUCUAGAAAUGUAUCCCUCUCAAGGAGAGGGGAUAAUUAUGGUCGUCGUCAUAGAAGCCCUUUGAAUUCAGGUUUAUGGAUUUCAAUUGAGCUUGCCGUUAAUGUCAGCCAAAUUAUAGCAGCUAUUGUCGUCCUCUCAUUGUCAGGACAUGAAAAUCCACAAGCUCCAUUAUUUGCAUGGAUAGUAGGAUAUACGGCUGGCUGUUUUGCUACCCUUCCACAUCUCUACUGGCGUUAUAUCCAUCGCAAUAAUCAAGGAUUGGAUCAGGACUCUCCGCGUUUACGUCAAAGUUCUUCCCAAAACAGCCCUCCUGAAUCUGCACCUUACACUGCCAUUUUAGUAAAUCAAGCUGCGGAAGAACACAAUCCCAGCACAACGGCAGUCUCACGGCUUGGAAGGAAUUUAGUAAGUCCAAGGCUUAAUGCAUUUGUUGAUCACUUCAAAAUGGCUUUGGACUGCUUUUUUGCCGUGUGGUUUGUUGUUGGAAAUGUCUGGGUGUUUGGUGGGCACUCCUCUGCUUCUGAAGCUCCUAACUUGUACAGGUUAUGUAUAGUGUUCCUCACCUUCAGCUGUAUUGGUUAUGCCAUGCCGUUCAUUCUGUGUGCAAUGAUAUGCUGCUGCUUGCCAUGCAUAAUUUCCAUUAUGGGCUUCAGAGAGGAUUUGGGUCAGAACAGAGGGGCUACCACUGAAGCAAUUAAUGUGUUACCAACUUAUAAGUACAAGUCGAAGAAAAGGGAAAGUUCAGAAGAGAAUGACAUUAACUGGGAGAGCCAAGGUGAGGGAGGGAUCUUGGCUGCGGGUACUGAAAAGGAGCGGGCUAUCUCUGCUGAAGAUGCUGUUUGUUGCAUUUGCCUGGCCAAAUAUUUGGAUGACGACGACCUUCGUGAGCUUCCAUGUACCCACUUCUUCCAUGUGGAAUGUGUGGAUAAAUGGCUCAAGAUAAAUGCCCUUUGUCCUCUAUGCAAAUCUGAGGUGGGGAAUGCUAGCUCAACACCAAGCUCUAACUCAGACCGACGCCAUAAUGAAAGGAGGGUUGCAAGUGGGUCAGAACCGCAACAGUAAGUUAAACUGGGGCAAUUGGUUUCUGAGCAUGACCCCUUUAAAUUGUGUAUCUAUGUAAAGGGUAGGUAAAGAUUGGUGAUUUAGUCUUUCACUCGGAAUUUUUUUGUAUGGGGUUGCUGAGUGGCUUCUAGUUUCAUGUAUAGAUGCCACAACCAAUGUUUUAUCACAGGAUGCCUUUGCCAGUGGGGGAGUGGAUGUUGAAAUGGUUUUGUUUUGCAAGUUAUUAUAGUCGGUACUAUUCACCAUAGCUGCAUUAUUUGGAGGCAA